GUUUGGUUCAUUAUUAUUUUUUUUUUUAGUUUUACACAAAAAGGAUAUUUUUUAUGAUCCCAGCAAAAGCGAUAAUAUGGCUUGACCACGUUGAAUUCGGAUUGGAUUUCGGUAGAAAUUUUCAGUCACAAUAUUCAUUACUCUUUCCGAACCUUUAUGAUUAACCCGUAAACUAUCUAAUCUGGUUAGGUUGUCUUGCAAAGUAAAACCUUAAACAAAUCAAUUUACUCAUGUUUUUUUAAAAUUUUGUUUCAACAAUCUUUCUCAAUCAUUUUCAUUGUUAUUGUUAUAAUCAUUAAUAUUAUUCAACUUUUUAUUUGAAUUUUUCACAACAUUAAUCCAUAUUGAGAUUUUUCUGGAUUUCCCAAAAAAUGUCUCUGAUCAAUAACCAUCACCUCUCAACUUCAAUUUCUUCAUCUUCUUCUACCUUCAUUUCCCAAAACAACUUCUUCUGUAUAAGAACUCAGAAUGUUUCGCUUCCUAUGAGAAACAAUGGGAUUUAUAAAUGUGCUGCAACUCCUCCCGCCAAAAAGACCGGUUAUAAGACAAAUGUCUCUCGUAACUCAAACAUGGCUAAACUUCAAGCUGGCUACCUUUUCCCAGAGGUUGCUAGAAGAAAGAAUGCACACUUGUUGAAGUACCCUGAUGCACAAGUUAUAAGCCUUGGCAUUGGUGAUACUACUGAGCCUAUUCCGGAAGUUAUAACUUCUGCUAUGGCAAAGAGGUCACACGGGCUAUCAACGAUAGAGGGUUACACCGGUUAUGGAGCUGGACAAGGUGAACAACCUUUGAGAGCUGCGAUUGCUUCAACCUUUUACUCAAACCUUGGCAUAGACGAUGCUGAUGUAUUUGUCUCUGAUGGCGCGAAAUGCGACAUAUCCCGCCUUCAGGUCCUUUUUGGAUCUGGUGUUACAAUGGCGGUGCAAGACCCUUCAUAUCCGGCAUAUGUAGACUCAAGUGUUAUUAUGGGUCAGACUGGCCAGUUCCAAAAGGAUGUCGAGAAGUAUGGAAAAAUCGAAUACAUGAGAUGUUCUCCAGAAAAUGGUUUCUUUCCUGAUUUAUCCACCGUCUCUCGAACAGAUGUCAUAUUUUUCUGUUCACCUAACAAUCCAACUGGUUCUGCUGCAUCAAGGAAGCAACUUACUCAGUUGGUUCAGUUUGCCAAGAAGAAUGGGUCGAUUAUAGUUUAUGAUUCCGCAUAUGCCAUGUACAUGUCAGAUGACAACCCGCGGUCCAUCUUUGAAAUUCCUGGAGCCAAAGAGGUUGCAAUUGAGACUGCCUCAUUUUCGAAGUACGCAGGGUUCACUGGAGUUCGUCUGGGAUGGACUGUGGUUCCAAAAGAGCUUCUCUUUUCGGAUGGGUUUCCUGUUGCCAAUGAUUUCAACCGCAUUGUUACUACUUGCUUCAAUGGUGCAUCCAACAUUGCCCAAGCUGGUGCUCUUGCAUGCCUUUCACCAGAAGGUCUUAAGGCUAUGCAUGAGGUGAUUGGCUUCUACAAAGAAAAUACUAAUAUUAUAGCGGAGACUUUUAACUCACUUGGCUUUAAUGUCUACGGAGGGAGAAAUGCACCUUAUGCAUGGGUUCAUUUUCCCGGUCGAAGUUCAUGGGAUGUGUUCGCUGAAAUUCUCGAGAAGACGCACGUUGUUACAACCCCUGGCAGUGGUUUCGGACCUGGUGGUGAAGGUUUUAUUAGGGUUAGCGCCUUCGGUUGUAGGGCUAAUGUGUUAGAAGUAUGUAGAAGAUUCAAGCAGUUGUACAAGUGAGGAUGAUUUCAUUUGUCUCAGCCAUAUCUGGCUUUCUGUGAUUGUAUUUAUUAAUCCUUCUGCAUUCUAGUUGUGCUUAUAUUUUCAUGAAUGUUCAAGCAAUCUAUCAGUGAGUAAGUUCUAAUAAUAGAGAGUCAGAUUU